CUCACGAACGAGCGCGCCAAGCGCACAGCGCCGCCUUCCGGCAGAGGCCUCCCUCCCACCCACCCUCAGGUACCGGGCGUCGCUCCCCAGACCCCUCGCACCGUCCCCUGCCCGGGCCCGCUUCCGGGGUCUCAGCGGGUGCGGCUCACGAGUCCCCGGCCCCGCAUUCACCCUCACCCGGUAACCCCGGGCGUGCCCCGCACACAGCUCACCCCCACCGAGCGCCUCCCGCGGGCCGCCCACUACCCAGCGCGGCCGCACCGCGCGAGGCUUCCACUCCCACGCGUCCAGCCCGCCCCCCACACAGUCCCUCAACGCGCUCCUGCCGCGCGGCGCCGCCCCCUUCAGACAGCAGCGGCCCGGAUCCUAGACGCUUUUGACGGCUGGUCCUCCCCAGAAAAUGCACCGUGUGCGCCCAAACGUGGUGGGGUGGCGCCAGUACGCGGGACCCCGAGCUUGCAGCCUGUGCUUGAGAAAACACAAACAUCGUGUGCCUGCCUGCGCCCCUGAGAUCGAGUAGUAACCGCCAUUCAACUCUCCACCUCCAGCUUCUAGCACCGGGCACCGCCUCCACCCCCUCAUGUGCCAAGUGGAGUUCGAGCUGGCGCGCGCGGCCCUCAAGCAGCUGAAGGGUCCUGUGAGCGAUCCGGAGAAGCUGCUGAUCUACGGCCUCUACAAACAGGCCACCCAGGGCGACUGCGGCAUCCCCGCCCCUCCGGCCUCAGACGGGAAAGCCAGGGCCAAGUGGGAGGCUUGGAGCGCGAACAAAGGGGUGUCCAAGAUGGACGCCAUGAGGAGCUACGCGGCCAAAGUGGAGGAGCUGAAGAAGAAGGAAGUGGGGGGCAUGGAGCGCAAACAAAGGGGUGUCCAAGAUGGACGCCGUGAGGAGCUAGGCGGCCAGAGUGAGGAGCUGAAGAAGGAAGUGGGGGGCACGGAGCGCGAACAAAGGGGUGUCCAAGAUGGACGCCAUGAGGGGCUACGCGGCCAGAGUGAGGAGGUGAAGAAGAAGGAGGCUGGCUGAGGGCUCCUCGGGAAUGGAAAGGGCUUCUUAGACCUUGAUGGCUGAAACGUCCUGAAACUGUCGCAAGCUUAGCCGAGACAUCAAUAAAUCACUUAAACUGCGUGAGAGUGACCGACUGCUGUUGGAACAGAGGAACUGGAGGAACUCGGUGACUGAGUGCUGGGGAGGCGUCCAAAUACACAGACUGGCUUUUUGUAUGGUUUUGGGUGGAGUUCCCAGCCCUCCUAUUACAAGGGCGUAUGUAGGUAUUUGGCAGGAGAGAGGGGGACUGUGCUGUGGAAAUGCCCAAGAUCUGAGGGCAGGAGACCAUUCUCCAGUGACGGCCUCUUGGGAGGCUGAGGCCCCAGCCCCUUCUCUCUUCAAGGCGGAUUCACUAAUACCCCAACACCACAAAGGGGAGCGGGACUCUGUCCUAAACACUAAAGUCCAAAAGCCCCCACUGGAACAUGGGGCCUACUAAGUUCAUGUUUUGAGGGAGACCAAGCUUUCCGUGAUGAUAAUGCGGUGACACAAUUGAUGGGUCAGAACACAGCAGCUGAGAAACAAUGGAGCAGAUUGGUGUCAAAAUCCCAGCCCCAGAAAGGCUCACCUAAGGCUGGGCAACCCACAUGUUCUCGGGACUGUUUUGUACUUAACCCUGGUUUCUGCUUAGGGGAUGUUGGUGGGACAAUAUGCAUAUGGAUGUGUAUGUUGGAUUUGCUGCAAGAGCACAACACACCCCUUGACCUAUGCAAGUGCCAGAGUGUCUGAACCCAGCUUCUACUCCUGUUAAUGAUCACGGGGGCCUCAAUGCACAACCAUUGUGCAUGGCAGCUGGAGUAUGGAAUAGUGAAUGGUAUCCAGAGAGGCAGGUCUACAGUGGCAUAUGGGAUUUCCUGGUACUUCUUCCUUAAUAGAAAGUAUUUUCACAUAUCAUGGCAUCAGGUCAGCUCCAGUUCUCAUUGGGACCAAUAAAACAAUAGGAGCAACAACCAUAAAGACUUAAGAGGACAAAGGAAACAAACCUCACUGUGUGUCUUCAAGAUCUGUUCACACAGUUGCAGGAAGUUGCUAUAGACAAAGUACAUUACUAAAAAAUGAAGCCCACCCAGGACAUCACAGCGACGAAAGUAUUAUUUCUGGUAACUGGACGAGGCGAGAGCCACACUGGAGAAGAGCAGUGCUGCCCUCUCUUCUUUGGUGAAUGUUAUGAAGACGUUCUGAUGCACUUAGGAUCGUGGUUCAUGUUAAAUGUAAAUAGUAAAAAUAAUACAUCUUGUUCCAAAAUGUGGUGACAAUUUAGAAGCUGUCUAUAUAGCCAGAACACUGUAAAUCACAGAACCUAGAAAGUAAAAAUGUGCCAUAAUUAGGACAGCAGAAAGUAACAGUAAGAUAAAGUUUU